UUAAAAUAAUUAUUUAUGGGGCUCUUACAGCCACAAUAUACUCUUUCUCAAUUCAGUUGGCACACUCUAAAAGCAUGUUUGAAGAUUGCUCAAAGGCAAUUCUAUCUUAUAAAAUUGUCACAGAUAACUGUAGAAAAUAUCUACUGAGGACCCAAGAGACACCUUUUGAGAGAACAGUAACCGCAAGCAUCGGUUGCCUAAAAGCAAGAGCUGAGUCUAAAUAAUUAUGUAACCUAAAAUAUGCUUGAAAGCUUGAAUACAUAGGAAUGCAAACAUUACAAACUCUUCAAUUUCACAUCAAUCGCACUUCUACUCUGAAUGCCAACUAAUUUAAAAGUAUCUUCCCACGCAUCGGUAGCAACAAACACUCUAACAGCAACAGGCAUUCCCAGUAUAUUUGUCAUAGAUGAGCAGAAAAUUAAGCCUAGUGAAAAUAUAGAAAAACAGGAACUUUAUGUAUUUCAAUGGCUGGCUUUGGUCGAACGCGAGAUUAAAACUACCGAAAUUGAUGUCUUGAAGAAAUCGCAACCUGUCAUUGAAAAAACGUUGCUUCAACUGAUAUCUCUUACAACCGCAAAACCAAGACGGCCCAUUCGAUUUUUAAUAGGUCGUUGCUUUGUCAUAUUGUAUACCCGUGGUGAUACUCGAACUUUAUUUGAUACAGUAACAGCAUUACAUAGUUUGAUCAAUGCGAAGAAGGAUGUGGAAAAGGAAACAAAGAUAGCUGCAAUAGCGGCAAUAGGUGCUAUAAUGGGGGCAUGCGGCGGAAAGGUCCUCUCUUUAUUCGCUGAAACAGCUACGCUACUUUUGAAAAUCGUGAAAAAUAGCAACUCUCCAUUGUUAAUGAAAUUAGAAUGCUUUACGACAUUUGCACUUCUACUGGAAGGGGCAGGAAAAGCUGCGACGGAACAAACUUUAAAAGAUUUGAUGAAACAGUUGAGAGCCGGCCUCGUAGAUAAAGCUUUGGUUUUAAGGAUUGCAGCAGCACAGUGUUUACAAGCCGUACUUAAAAAUGCAAUGCAAUCCUUCACCCAACAUGAUGUGGAGUUAUUAUUGCAACAUUGUCUAAAAGCAUUCGAAAAUUCAACGUUUCCAGUACGCAGAGCUGUCUCUUCGCUUUGUGCAACAUUAUUAGUGUUUACACAAUCACAAGCAACUAUCGACCAAAAUAAGCCAAAUAUUAGAUAUGCAUCCACAGGCGUCGAUUCAAAGAAGACGCAAGCGAUUGGUGAGGAAAAUAUAGCCAAAACUGUAACAUUAUUAACAAUUGAGGAAAUGCUUGCGCAAUUAUCACUUGCGUACAAUCGCCCUAGCUCGUCGCGAGAGCUUAAAACAGGAAUUAUCGAAACAUAUGCCACUUUAUUUGUAUUGUUGGGAUCGGAAUUCGCAGAAGCAAACUAUACGAUCAUUACAAAUCACCUAAUAAGUGAAAUAUUAGACAAACAUGAAAAAUUAGCAGCGUCAGAUGCAGCGCAUGUUAGAUCCCAGGUUAAUUUUUUGUUAUAUAACACUAUUGGAAAACGUCUAUUGAGUGAACAGGGACAAGCGAAUGCAGUCCGGCUAUUGACAGUGAAUUGGAUCAAAAAGUGGCCACCGUUAAUGACAAAUCAAGCCGCUCCAAGCGAUGAUAUCUUGAUUUGCGUCAUAGAUUUGAUUUCUCGGCUUGUAUGCGAAUUGGAAGGUGCAGCUAGUUCAGUGCAGGAUAUAUUGAUUGAACCUUUGUUUGUACUGCUGAGUCACCAAAACUUUGCAGUUCAAAUGGCAGCAGUUUGGUGCAUAAGAUGUGUUUGUAAUUCGGUACCUAGCAACUUGUCGCACCUACUACCGAAAUCAUUAAGCCUACUAGAAAAGAAUUUAAACAACUUAUCCAAUCAAUCUGCCACUAUCAACCUUUUCCGCCGGACAAUAGCUUAUGCUUAUACCGUUGCAAGCAUUAUGAGUACAUUUCCCUCACAUCCUAGUUAUACAUCUUUUGAGCUCAGCGGGAGGGCCAUGUCCUUAGCUAACCAACUUUUGAAACAACCAAACAAGGACCAUAAAAUAGCUUGCGUUCAGGUUCAAGCAGCAUGGAUCUUGAUCGGUUCCAUCAUGUGUUUGGGGCCCAACCUUGUGAAAAUUCAUUUACCCCAAUUACUACUAUCAUGGAAGAGUGGACUACCUAAACCUACAGGCAAAGAAGCUAUUACGAUUCGAUCAGAAUCCGAAUGGUCUUUUCUAUUCCACACUCGUGAAUGUGUAAUUAGUUCCAUUUAUAGUUUCCUUAUCAACAACAGUCAAUCGUUGGUCACACUUGAUAUUGCUAAAAGAAUAGCUGCUUUACUCAAUAAUACUUUAGCUUUUUUAGCUACAGCGCCCAAUUCAUUUCCAACGACAAUGCAUUCACCCUGUACGCCUUAUGAAUGUCGACUGAUUGAUCAACUCUACCGUCUAAAGUACCGUAUCUUCCAAUGUUUCACUACGCUCAGACCUUCACUCUCAACGUACGAAGCAUCGUUAAGCAGCCUGUUGCGAAAUUCGUUGUCUGUUUUCACUGAGCUUGACAAAAUAUCACCAUCCUUAGGAGCCCACCAUCAGGUGAUAGGUGUAGUUCCUGGUCAAUAUACAAGUCUUUGGCAUACCUUCGAUGGUCAUGGCUAUGGUGUUACAAGUAGGAUGCAAGGCUACCAUAUCAGCAUAGCUUCUGAAACAGAUGAAGGUAGUGAGGAGAUGAAUCGCGGAAAAGAGUGGAUGACGAAAGACCGAUUUGAGCGUAUUGAAGAGCUUCUUGAGCGGCCCAUGCUGGGGUCCUUAGAGUUUGAUCCAUUUUAUACUUACAGCAGUACAUUAACAGACAAAAAGUAUAAUGAAACUCUGGUUCAAUAUGAGCAACAAUUACAGCAAUCCUCAAGUGCAGAACAAGGGAAAAGGAGAGCAAACAUUCCGCAACCGUUGUCACCUUCGACAUCGUAUGUUGAUGCCAGCGUGGAGUUAUUUGCUACCUUAUUCCCAAAUCAAUCUGCGCCUACGCAAGAGGCUAUCUUUGAACAAAUACUAAAAGCUAUAAAAGAUCCCAAGCUGGAAAAGAAUUCUCCAAAACGCGCUGCCAUCCUCGUCAAUGUUGUCGUAGCCUUAUUGGGUGCGUUCAAAAACAUCAUGGCUUCAGAUCGAAAAAAAAAGAAUGAAUCAGUUGCGUUCAGUCCAAAAGCUACCCAGUUAGUUCAGCAAAUACUUAUGGAAGUAGUGAUACAUCCUGACCCUUAUUUGCGAAAUGCCGCUAGUGAAACUAUUGGUCGUCUAACCUCAAUAGUAAGUGGAUCUUUUGCAGCUGCUCAAAUGCAAAUCUUAGUAGAUAUGGUCGUAUCAAACCGUGAUCCUGAUGUUCGAGCAGGUUGUGCAUUAGCAAUAGGAUAUAUUUACAGUCAUGUUGGAGGCAUGGCUGCUGCAUCUCAUUUGAAAACAAUUGUAGGUGUUCUCCUGUCAUUGAGCAGUGACCCUCAUCCAGUUGUUCAUACUUGGGCUCUGGAAGCGAUGGCUAUGACAGUGAGCGCAGCAGGUCUUAUGUUUUCCAAUUACGUAAAUAGUACUUUAGGCCUGGUAACCAAGCUGUAUCUUAGUGAGACACAUGAACCUGGUAGUGGCUCUCUGGCCGUUACCAAUGCCGGUAUGUCCGUAGGUUUUACGGCUUAUCAAGAAUUUGGUCGGAUCAUCUAUGAAUUGAUUGGCUCUCUUGGCCCUGAGUUGCAGUCAUCUUCAAAGGUUAGGGAAUUAUGUCUGAACAUGGUGGAAGAGCUCAAACUAGAACCUGACGAGCGUGUCAAUGUUGAAGCAAUUCGUUGUAUUCAACACUUCUUAAUGUUUGCUCCGAAGCAUCUUGAAAUCCAGGAACUGGUGCCCUACUUGCAAAAUCAAAUUAGAAGUCUUCACCUACCAUUAAAAAAGGCGGCAGUUACUUGCCUAUAUCAACUUGUUCAGCGCGAUUCAGAAUCCGUAUUCAAUGCAGCAGAAGCAGGCUUGGAUAGUGAGUUAUUUAAAAUGCUGGACACGGAUCCGCAACUUACAGAUGUAAAAAAUGUUAUUCGUAUAUGGCUGAAAGAAACGGCUGUAGCCGAACCCUCUAUUUGGGUUAAUAUAACGAAACGAAUUGUGGCAGGUUCACAAACUACUACGAACAGUGCCCAAUCUCCUGCCCCAAAACAAGUAUCAGAUUUUUCCCAGGAAGAUUUUGCGGAUGAUGAUUACGGUGAAGACUUCGGCGAUGAUGACGCAGAUGGCUUUGUGGAAGAAGAUAAUAUGGAUUUGGCUACCACAGUUGCUGACAUAUCUGGUAUAAGUAGUAAACUAUCUGUCACUGUCGAGAUACCGCCAAGAUGGAGAACUCAGUUAUUUGCACUUGAAUGUCUGCAGCAAACCAUUGACUUGGAUUUUGCCAGCGGUAUUCGCGAGCACUUUGAUCUUAUAGCAGCACGCCGUCGAAGGCAGCAAGCAGGCUUAGGUGAUUUCCUAGUUUUCCGUGUGCCUGAUCUCAUCCGAUUGUCAUUUACAGCUGCCACAGCCCAUGUAAAUGAACUAAGAUUGGCAGGUAUUCAACUUUUGAAAAUGGUCGUUGAAAAGUUUUCCAAUACUUUGGAUGCAGAUAUGGAAGAUUUGUUACUUUUGGAGCAGUACUCUGCUCAGAUUGGUGCUGCACUUACACCUGCUUUUGAUGCCAACUCUUCGUCAGAGAUUGUGUCUGCAGCAGUCCGUGUGGCUGCAAUUUAUGUUGGCAGUGGCAUUGUUAAAGAUUUAUAUCAAUUAGGAAGAGUUUUAAAGUUAUUAACAUCUUCACUAGAGCGAUGUAAGGAGGAUGCAAAAUUGACAGGUGUAGGUGAAGUUAAGGAUUUCAGCUCUCAUGCUUCCGUUAUGGUGAAACUAUCCGUUCUUAAUGCUUGGGCCGAACUUCAAGUGGCCGGUGCUAGUCAAGAAUACUUGAAACAGGUAUUGCGCCCUAACUUACCAGUACUUAGCACGAUGUGGUUGCGUGCACUUCAAGAUUACGCCCGUAUUCGGUUAGAAUCGGAUAUCGUGGCUUUGUCGACUACUUCAACAAAUCGUAUACACGCCUCGUCCAACAGUGGUAUUGACUCAAUGUAUUCAGCGGCCACAAAAGACGUUGUCUUACCAUAUUAUAAGCGUUCAUGGCUGAAAAUUAUGGAAGCAGUUGCAUCGCUAAUUGAAGCUCGAGAGCCAUCAAUGAUGGCAGCCAUUGAUAGCAACCCUGAUUCAAAACAGCCAGAAGAUGGCCCAUCAAACCUUUUCUUUACGCUAUUUGGUUUAUGUGUUGAAGGUCUUUCACGUAUUUCUCUAGGUUCGACUAAUAGCAGCGGUAGCCGGACGGAAAAUCCUUCCGUACCUAUAUGCCUUAAAGCGCUCCGUACAUUAGUUCAUUCCUCAGCUUCCAAAAAAAACUUUGUGACAAAAUCUAUCCUUUUGGAAUUGAUCAACGUAUUCGACAGAUUAAUACAGACCGAGGGCUAUCGUACGCAACUCAUAAUUAUUGAAAUUAUCCAGAGAAUAAUAAGUAACUACGGGCAAUCUUAUCUUUGUGAUGAUAUACAGAAUGAUGCUGAAGGUCUAGUAAUUAUUGACAGCAACAUUGAUGAGCCAGACGCUUUCCCCGCUAGUAGCAAGCUAUACUAUAUCUUGAAAUUAUUGAUGACAGUAUUAUUGCAAAAUGUUCCUGAAUUACCGGGAAAGGUGAUACGCCAAUCGGUACAUGAUAGAGCCCAAGGCGAGAACCUGCCGUUGCUUCUUGGUUCCACAUUGGAUACACUAGCGUCCCUUAUGGCCAUUACACCUGAAGUAUACAAAGUCAAUUUGGCCGCUGUUUGCUCCAACGUAUUCUGCAAAAUUUUGCGUUCAUCAAAAUUUGAAUUGACCCUUGGACCUCGUGUUCUAGUUUCUUUAAAGGCAGCUUUUCAUGAUUUUGAGUCAAGGUUAUCACCGGCAAGGGUUGAACUACUAGCUAAUGUUAUUCAUGAUGUGAAUCAAACCUUACUCUACGACUUCUUCACGAAUAGUGAGGAAAUUUCAAUAACUGUUAAUUCAAAGAAGAGCCGAAUACUUGCAGCUGUGUUGAUAAUGUCUAACUGCCCCAAAGCAGCUCUUAAGGAUGGAAAAGGUCGAGCUCUCUUUAACAUGACGUUGCAUAAAGCUCUGCAUUCUGAAAACUCGGAGCUUUGCUUCACGGCUCAUCAAUGCCUACGUACUUUCAUCACCAUGUCCGAAAACAAAAGUAAUCAAGCUGCAGCGCAACUAGGUCAAUCCAUAACAAGCUCUCUUUUACCCCAGAUCAUAGCAUUUGCUUUAGAAUCAAAACAGCAAGCUUUCGACUUAAAUGAUACGAGAUUAACGAUUGUAAAUGAGAUCAUCAAGACUCUGACUACGUUACUAAGCAGCGUGCCAGAUGAACAAAAAUGUGAAGUGUUAAGUUUUAUUUUGCCGACAUUAACAUAUUUUCUGGAUGAUUUACCAUAUAAUGGUGGUCAAACGAAGCUUCAUGAAUUCAGUAUUGCAAAUAUAGUGGCAUUAGCCACAGACAUUCCAGAUGUAUUCCGCAUCGUGGUUAGUAAGCUACCUAAUGAUUUCAAAGCCAAGCUUGAAGCUGCUAUGCGAUAUAACCUAUUGAAGUCCCAAGAACAUGAGAAACGACAGUUAGAAGAACAGCAACAAAAAACAUCCCUUAAAGCGGCCAAACAGCCUACAAUCGCUCUAAAAAUGGACUUUAGCAAUUUUGGCGAAAAUGGAGCGCCUUAAGAUUUUCAUUUGUAAUGAUAGGACCUAUACCGCAUGUACAAUAACUACAUGGAAAGCUUGUAUAUGAUAAAAGCCUCUCAAUAACAAUUGAAAUUACCUGUUGUCAAUAAAUUAUUUUUCCAAAUCAA